AUGAAUAAAAAAGCCCAUCGCGAUGAGUACGACAAGACCAGGAUCCCAGCUCCAGCUAUCAUCAGAGCCCCAAGGCCCUUACCAGCGCUACUACAGGAAGACGAUAUGUCGACUUACGAUCAGGUGGAAAUCGAGGACAUGACGUUCGACCCCGACACGCAGACGUUCACGUACCCGUGCCCAUGUGGAGACAAAUUCCAAAUUUAUAUCGAUGACAUGUAUGACGGCGAGGAGAUCGCUGUGUGCCCUAGCUGCUCGCUGAUGAUACAGGUAAUUUUCGAGCGCGAGGACCUCGAAGAGUACUACCAAGAGGCGGGUACCGCGCCUCCCGAGCCCGUGUCCGUUGCGGCCUGA